CUUUCGUGCUCUCCAAACUUCCCGCGUGCUUCAUAUCUCGAUGAACGCACGCUGAUGUAUGAACCAAUUGUUAAUUGAAACCGUUCGAACGGAUGUCGCAAUACUUCGUACGGAUGCUAACGUAUUUCGAACGGAUAUGCAAACCGUUCGAACGGUUUGUCGAACGCUUUAAACGGAUUUUUUUAGGCGUUCGAACGGAUGACAAAUGGAUAACGAACGGGUUACCCGUUCGAACGGAUAACCGUUAGUGUCCGUUUUGCCUUUCAUUUUUCAUAUGUUACUGGAAACAGAAACUUCAAGAUGUUGGGGUUCGUUUCGUUUCUCUUUCACGGUUUCAAAAUGAAGUUGCCGUUUUCCUUUGAAUCUAUUUGGUGGUCUAAAUAACUUAAACACUCUACUUGAAGUUUUACUUUAAGGAAUUUUUUCAGAUUAAAUUGAAUAAUGAACAACUGAAUGGAUGAAUUAGUCAGUAUUUCAUAUAUUGUUCUUGGGGGUGGAAAGGGGUGUGUUACCCUGCAGACGAUGAUGCCACUACCGUUAUGGUUUUUUGAGCCGGCCUGGUCUGAAAACGUGAGUAUAUAUUGGCCAUUAAGACCUUACAUCGGUUGUGCUUUCGAGGGGAGCGAAGGGAGCCACGAGAGCGAGGGUCUCAAUGGGGUUAACCGUUAGCCGUAAAACGGCCAAACUAUUUAGCCGUUAGACGUAAAAAUUGACAAAUUUUAACCGUUAGUCGUAAAAAAAGCUAACCGUAAAAAAUGUCUGGUGGAAACAAUGGAAAGGUGUUAACCGUUAGCCGUAAAUUGGCCAAAAUUUUAACCGAUAGCCGUAAAAGCCAUCACCCCAUUGAGACCCUCGAGAGCGCGAGAAUGCAGUUUUUUGUCAACAAUAAUUCAAAAUAAGUACUAGAGAAUGAGAAGGAACCACGAUAUAUCAUGCGACUUUAAUUUUCAAGUGAAUUUUAGCUCUCUACAGUUUUGACGAAGCUUAAUUUUAAUUCAAAUCUACAGCAACGCUAACAGAUCUGAUAUUGUGGGCUGAAACAAUGUUUUAGUGGUAUACAAGAGAAACAAUGGGACAUAUGAUCCUAGCAGUAUGCAGGACGCAUGUCAUAUGAACUUGGUAAUAGACCUCGCUUACCGUGGAGUCUCUUGACGAGUUUUUUUUUUUUUUUUUUUUUUUUUUUUUUUUUUUUUAACAAUUUCAUGUUUUUUUUUUCCUUUUUAUUUGGGGGGUGGAGGGAGAUUGUCGCUGGUUGCGUGACAUCGUAUAACAUAUGUUUUUCCCAAUAUUAUGGCGGUUGAAAAAGCCGUUGCAUUGUUAUGAAAUUGGAAAUAACGAAAAGGACUGUGAUACUUUCAAGCAGGAAGAAAGUACGCAAGGGCUCGAGUACUCAAUUUCUAUUAUUUGUCUCUUUGCUUCUGUCCUCUUUUCCACUCAAGACUGAGCUAGAGGGAUCUUUAAUUGUAUUCUUCGGCACCAACACCUUCUUCUGUUUCACACAAAAAAAUAGUUUCCUUUACGGUAGACGAGGACAAACGGGUAGAUAUCAAGCAGAUAUCCAUUGCUGCAUUUUGGCUUGUUGUUUGCACAAUAAUGCAAUUCUUUCUCUCGUUUGGGGGUGAAUCGGGCUUAGACUCUUUGAACACCUUAAUCCGGCGGAAGACUGGGCUCGAUUAAAGGUUUCCGCUUGGCGUUGGCGUCCCAUGAUAUCAUUAGGGAGUUUAAGAUACGGUCACUACGGACUACGGACUACGUCUGGGCGUGAGAAUCCAAGCCACGCGUGGACUGGGCCGACUACGCUAAAAAGGCGCGAAAAUUGGAGUGUUGUUUGACGUUAAGAUCGUGACAACGACUACGGACUACGGCUGCACUUGGAAAAAAAAAAUGUUCUUCGAAGAUGCUAGAAACGCCCUUUUAAUCGCUUAUGCGGAUGGUUUUCUAGAUGAUGAAGAGUUUAUUGUUCUUUACGAUUAUUACCAACCCGUUAAUCCUUCAUUUCCGUACUGGAAUUUUGAUCCAUUCUGUUUGGAUGUGUUCGACUCUUGCGAGUGCGAAGCUCACUUCAGGGUGGCCAAGGAUGAUAUUCCGAUGUUAUUGAACGCAUUGCGGAUUGCGGCGAGUUUCAAGUGCCCACAGGGAACAGUUUGCAGUGGCUUAGAAGGACUUUGUUUACUGCUAAAACGACUAGCAUACCCAUGCCGCUAUUUCGAUUUAAUUUCAACUUUUGGACGUCCGCAUCUCCUGUUGACAUCCUAAUCUGCUUGUAAACACAACAGAAUUCAAAGGGCGUCAGUAAUCAGAACCAGAAACAGAAAAAAAUGCGAUUUUUACUUCUUUUUCGCUCAAGUUUAAUUGCCUAAAGACUGUUCAACAUAAAAGUAGCGUUUAGAAAACAAAACUGGUCAAAAAUCGGCAAAAAAAUACUUACGUAGUCCUCACUACGCGAAUCUCCUCGACUACUCGCCGUAGCCUGCAACCAUACGACAGACUGCGAAACCCACGUGCUAUCGAGCAUCUGCAGUAAAUCUCGAACCAGGUCCUCGCCGUGUAUUACCGCAGUCCGUAGUGACCGUAUCUUAAACUCCCUAUUCAUCAAAAAUACAACGGACGUUCCUUGAAUGUUUCUUCAGUUGAAUUUCUUAAGGGGAAUAGGCUUGUGAAAGGAUAAUGGAUCUUUUUCUUACUGGUAUUUUUCGAUGGGUUUUGGCCACGCUUUUACUCUGCUUCAUAAUUCAGAAGUCAGGUAAUGUACAUCGAGUUAAGAAUAUCGAGAUGUUACUUUAGUUUGCCAUUUGAGAUAAAGCUCUAAACUGCUCUAAAAUAAUUUGACGUACCUAAACACUUCUUUAAAUUUUCUGAUUGAAUGAUCUUCAAAGUUAUUAGAGUUACGUGUGAUGUGUUGAAAUUUAGCUCAACUUCGUCUGUUUUGCUUCUUCAGAGUCGGCAUUCAGAAUCAGCCAAAAACCUUCCAAUCCCACUAUUGUGGUGCUUGGAGUAAACAGCAGCCAAGUCACACUUGUGUGGCGGUAUACUGAUGCACCAGGUCAGUAUUUCGUUCAGUUUUGGAGACAGAAAACUGGUGAAAAAAUUACACAAAUAUCAACAAGCAAGAAUGGGAAUGCGUUCGACCCGAGCGACACAGAAGAAUUCGUUGCUCGGCUUCCUGCUACACUAAUACUUAAGAGCGUGAAAGCAAGUGAGAAUUAUACCUACAGUCUUUAUUUGCUGGAUUCUAAUGCCAGAGUGCUAGAGACACACGCAGUUUUUAUCAAAGUAGUUGGUAAGUGAAGCUGUUGUAUGAGAUUCUUUGAUACACUUUGUCUUGUAGUUACUUCGUACGUCAAUAACUUAAUUGUGUCUUAUGGUAACGUACCAAACUUUAUAUAUAAGCCUCUCUCUCUUUGCGUGAAAUUAUUUUAAUUCGAACUUUUUUUACAGGGAAUGAUAAGCUUAUUUUAUAAAUGCAAAAUCAUUGUACCAUAUAUAAGGACACGUUUUCAACGCAAUUACACUUUCAGUGUUUCAAACGGCUUGUUACUUUUCAGCCGCGAUUGACGUAGUUAUUCUUUCAUGAGACACUAGGAAUGACUGAAAUUCCUGUGAAUUGAUUGUUAUGUUUAAUUUUGUUUUUUCUUUUUUUGCUGCUUGAAGUUGUAUUUCUGUGAUGAAGACUGGAAGUUAAGCUCACGCUUGGGUUAUGUUAAUGCGAAUUGUGCAACCAAUAUACAUGUAAAGUGUACAUGCACGAUUUUGUUCUUGCUUUUGCAACAAUAUUCAUGAGGAAAAAAUUUCUUGAAAACCAUUCGGUGUGAUUUUGUUGUAUUAUGUUCACUAAGGUAUUCUGAUCCACACUUUCGAUAGAGUCAUUGCUAAAUAUUAACAGCCAAUCGGCCUGUAUUGUUCAUUACUCCCUUAUAUGUCAGUUUUGCAUGAGUCAUCUUGCGUUGAAUAUUUACAUCUGAAUGGCUCAUUUACGUCUUACAACAUUCAAGUAGUUAUCGACUUGUAAGGUCAUAAAGAAUCACAAGCACUAAACGAUCUUUUAUCGUUUUUCAUUGCUCGCUUGAAGGUACGCAACCGUUGACUCGGAAAAUUUGAAUGUCUUUUGUUUACUGAAAUUUGCGUUAAUAGCAGGCUGUGUUUUCCUCAUGAUGUAGUAAGUUGAUUUAUUCACAUGUUUAACCCAUCGUAACUCCCACAGUCCUACUCAGGGUGCUGCGUGAAACGUUUGAAUUAAUGAUUGCUUGGAAGGACAUGCAUAUCUACUGACAGUAGUCAGAGCUUUUACUAAGGGAUUGUUCAUGGGGUUUUAGUGAACUGAAUUUUCAAAGAAACUUCCUAACCUCAGGGAGAGAAUGCCAUUGGGUUGUUGGAUUAGCCCCAGUGUUUUUCAGGAGUCUCUUGACUGGUACUUAUUUACACUCUUGGGUGGAGAUCGAGAGGCACUGCAAGGGUAAAUUGUCUUGUUUAAGUUUACAGUACAUUGACCCAUCAAGGGCUUGAUUACAGACUUUCUGUUCCAUGCAUCUCUCACUUAACAACAUAAUAUGUGUAUGCAGGUAUCAGUUGAAUAAAUGUUAGCAUUACUAAUAAUAUUAUUUACAAGAAUUCUCCUCAGUAGUUAUUAGAUGGCUGAACUCUUGUCUCCCCAUUUUUAUUUACACCAUUCUCUUGAUGAUCGCACUGCCUUUGAUAUGGCAGUUUCUCAGAAAUGUAUGUAACAUUUUAUACCAUGUAAUAAUCGUGAUAAUUUCACACAAUCUAAAUGCAUAUCUUAAAUUGUUAUUCCCAGUGCCUCCAGAAAUAACUAUCCCACCAGAACCAAGGCCUUUACUUACCAUUGGAAAAAACUACACUCUGACCUGCAAUGCAUCUGGUGACCCUUUGCCAAAGAUUACAUGGACAAAAGAUGGAAUCCCAGCUGAAGAGUUUAAUGUGACAGGUUACAAGCUUCAUUUGACUGAUGUGAAGUUGAAGGAUGUAGGAUCAUACCGAUGUACAGCUAGUAAUGGAUAUGGAGUCGAUGCCUCUAAUGUCAGUAUAGCUGGCGUAAAAUGUAAGUUGUCUGUCCUGUAUAUUCAAAGCUGAUCUUCUGAUUACAGCAUGUCAACAAUCACCAGUUAUAUAGUAAAUGUGGUAUAUAUUUGGCUUUGUUUCAUGAUAAAAUGGACUUUUCUACACUGUAUUUUGAAAACUAUUGCUUUCAAUCUCAAGUGGAAACAAAGCUAAGAUGAAAUAGGAUCACCUGCUAGCAGCUUUUUACUUUGAAAAGGUUUUUGAGUACAAGUCUUCCAGAGAUCAUGACAACUUGAUGGUUUAUCAUUUUCCUAAAAUAUAAAAGUACCCUUUUCCCCAUGCAUUUCAAGAUCUGAACUGAACUUUUGGAUGAUGAAAGAUUAGUUAUUUGACUUAAUUUAAUUUGAUUGAAAAAAUGAAGUAGGAAAAAAUAGUCCUGCUUAGAUAUAGUUUUGGAGUAACCUUAAAUUAUUGCUUAUUUUCUCUCUUUUUUUCAUAUACCAAAGGUAAUGAGUGUGAAAUUAAGACUGUUGGAAUAACAUUAGAGAGUGAAACUUGGAAGUCAGCUUUGAAUAACAGAGAGUCAAUUGAGUUCAAAACAUUGCAGGCAAAUUUGUUAUCAGAAGUAAGUAUUUUGUAGAGUUAAAUACAAUGAGUGACCAUGGAAGGUCAAAUUUUUUUUUACAUGUAUGUGUACCAAUACACAUGUUUUAUGUUUGUCAUACAGUGGUAAUUUUGCAAAUUUUUGAUGUUUGAGUACAGAUACCCUGUAAUUUCUUUUGUCCAGUACUGCUUGGACUGACUUAGCUUCCUUUUCAUUCAUUUAAGAUGACUACCAAGGAAAAAUAAUUGGAGAAAUUGCUUUUCAUUAUCCUGCAUCUCAUUUAAUGAGUGAAGAGUUUAACUUGAAUACAAACAACUUAAAAUGCAUGUGCAUAUUUGUGCUCCUUUUUUUUUUUUUUUUGCUUUUCUUUAGAGGAAAAUUUAAUUUGAAUUUUACUAAGUAUACAAUGCAGGUACAUUUUGUGUACCUUAUUUACUUGAUUUAUGAUUCUGAACCAGGAGAUCAGAUUAUAGUAGCUUUGAAUUUAUUCCAAAUUUAGUCUGGGAGAGUGGAUUGGUCAAUGUGGUUAUGAAUUUUUUUUUUUCAGCACCAACAAUGGUGCAUUUACACAUACAUGUAUCUGUAUUAGAAAUAUGAUGAUGUAAAUUUUACACCUGUGAAGCAAACCAAAAAUUGCUCUUUCAGGCACACAGACGAAUGAAAUUUUUGUGUUCUGCAUGCACUUUACAUGUAUAUAUUUUUGAAUAGCACAUUUUGGCAUUUUUGAUCCUUGUAAAAUAACAUAACUCUCUUCCUUGUGUUUAAGAUAUCUAAGGUUUACACCAAAAGUCCUGUAAAAGAAUUGUACACAGUUGCUGUUGUUGAUUUCAGGUAA